AUGGAUGGAAGAAUUGAAGCAAUGAAGGGUAUUUGGGAUUUUGUAGAAAGUGAUAAUAUGGAUGAAUACUUAAAAGAAAUAGGCGUGGGUAUGAUGGGACGUAUGGCAGCAAAAGCUAUAAAACCGCGUCUUAUCAUCAGUGAAACUGAUGGAAAAUGGACAAUACGUACAGAAACAAAUGUGAGAAGAAUGAGUAUAGAAUUUAUACCAAAUGUCGAGUACGAAGAAAUAACAGCUGAUGGGCGUGAACUCAAAGGAAUUGUUCGAUUCGAAGAUGGAAAAUGGAUUCAGACAAUGCGUGAUAAAAAUGGUAAAGUAUCAAUGAUCACGCGUUGGAUUGAUGAUCAAGACCAACAACAAAUCAUUUUAGAGUGUGGCAAAGCUAAAGCUCAUCGAGUUCACAAACGUGUUCGAGAAGAAUAA